AUGGACACUAGAUAAUCAGAACACUCUAGAGGCAAGUCAUAGACUUAAAUCAAAGUACGUAACCCAUUCGAACUACUUAUAAGUAAUAGAACUUUCAAUAUAUAGAAAUAAUCAGAUUACCAAAUGUUUGCAAUAAAUGUGGACAUAUUACUAGAAUGAAAGAAAUAUCAGAUAUUCUCGAAUAAUUUGACACAAUGACAUCUUAAUAAAUUGAUACUAUUAAUGAAAAACUAAUUCAAAAAUCGAACUAAAUUUUAGCUGCUAGACAACAAUUAGUCAAAGACACAAAAAAUGAACUCUAAUAAUCAUUGCAAUAACUUAUUUAAGUAAGAUAGAGUAUGGGCUCAUCUUUUAAUUUUGAAGACAAAGAAAAGUGUUUAGAGCGUGUUUGUGAAGUAAUAAUCAAUUAAAAUGGUUUUUUUAGGACAUUUUUUGUAAUGUCCAAGAAUAGAUUGAAAUUUAAAAUUCUCUCUCUGAACUCAAUACUAUUAUUUAAGAAUAAUAUUAAAAAUUUCAUCAGUUUCCAAAUGAAAUUACUGAGAUGAAUAAAUUAGAAUAUCAUGAUAAUCUUGAAAUUAGAGAGAGAUUAGAUGGAGCUUUGAGAAUAAAUUAAAGUCAUAAAGAUAUUUUAAAGGAGAUUUUGAUUAAAAUUGGAGAAGAAAACAAGAGUUACACUUUUGAUAUCUAAUUACAAUUUCGAUAGUAACAAUUAGAAAUGUUGAAUCUCUUAUAAUGCAAUUAAGAAUAAAUUAAGGAAAUUGAGAGACUUGAAGAUGAUUUAAAUGAUAAGAAAUUAGAAUUAUAGAAAUAUGCAAUUUUGUUUAGUUAAUUUGAAAAGUAAUAUUUUAAAUUAAUAAUUAAGUCCUUUUAAAUCAAAUAAAAUAAGCUCUGAAGAAAGCAGUGCUAGUAAUUUUUAAUCCAUUUAGAAGGAAAUCAUUUAAUAACCAUCAAUUCAAUAAAGUCGUAAUGUAUUUUAAGAUAUUAAAAAUAUUUAAUCAAAAAGAUUUUCUUAACCUUCUGUAAAUGAAAAUAAUAAUAAUAUAUGCACUUUUCAAUCUGAAUAAUUCUAUUCUAUAGAUUAAUCUCAUGGAAAUAUAAAUUAAGAAUCAUCAUAAAAGUCAUCAUAAAAUAAUAGUAAGUAAAUUGAGAACUCAGUGGUAAUAAAUUAGAGAUAUGGUAACAGUAUAUCUAAUAAAUUUAAUAAUUCAAAAGCAACUAGUCUAAUUUCUUAAAUCAAUUCUUAAUAAAAUAAUAUCCCAAUUUCAAUAGUUGCUAAUUCAACUAAAAAAAUUAGAAACUCUGUUGACACUAAUCCUAUGAUGUCUUAAGAAAGUUUUGAAAAUGAUAAUUAAAAUGAUGAAAACUCCCCAAAAAUAACUCCAACAAGUAAAACAUUACUCUCCAAAGUUCCACCCCUUCCUAUAGGCAGAUAAUUAGAGCUUGAUUGA